AUGCCCACUCAGCAAGGGUUAGAUUUGCAUGUGAACCUGUACGAGUGGCAGGGUACUACAGACCGCCCAUUUCGUGCGGCAACGAAUCAACUGCGACGUGUGCUUUCGAUGAAGGCUUCGGAGCCACGAGACAAGAUCUAUGCGUUGCGGGCCCUUUCGCCUGGCGUUCUGGGUAAAAUGAGGGUCAAUUACCAGCAACCCAUCGGGGAAGUUUUUCAUGAAGCUACAAGACUCAUGGUCGAAGAGGAAGAAAGUCUGCGGGUGCUGUACUUCGCGAAUCGAGCGAAGACAACAGGUGGUGUUCCUUGGGAUACGCUGCCCUCGUGGACUGUUGACUUCGCCACAGAGGACGCCGAGAUGAGAGGCUCGCAUAAGUACUACUACAAGAGCCUUUGCGCUGCCUCUGGAGGAAGCAAGCCGAUUUUCGAGUUUUCGAGAAACGGUAAGAGUAUUCAUCUCCGGGGAGUGCGUGUUGGUCGUGUCACGGGUCUUGUGAGCGACAUAUUUCCCGCAAGCAGCAAGUGCAUGGAGGGCACGGGGUGCGUCUUGGACGACAAGACCAAGGACGAAACGGAGGGCGAGCCUGAACAGACGUUCCAGCACGACUGCCAAAGCCCAUACCUUGACAUACUAGGGAAUUUCAUGAAUGAUGUGGCAUGUCUCAACAAGCCGGAUUCUCAAAUAUACAAGAUGAGCAGCAGCCUUUGUCGACUACUGUGGUGGAUUAUCCAAGGCCCGAAAAAGUCCGAAUGGUCUUCAUCCACGCCAUCUUCGUUGACAGGUCAGGGUAUGACGGCCGUGUCGUCGUUAGUUGAGUGGGACUCACGACACUUUGGAAGCCAGUGCAGAGUCGCGCUUCGCGUCGGAAGGCUGUUCUUCACCUCAGAUCAGAUAGCUGGGUUUGCUGUUACUAGCGUACGUGAGGGCGACGCAGUAUGCCUCAUCGCGGGUUUGGGUCAUCCUUUUAUCUUGCGGCCGCGCAAGGGUGGUUACGGGAGCUAUACCCUCGUCGGGCCGACAGUAUUUGCAGGUGCCAUGGGUGGUGAGAUGUGGUCCGCCAGUGAAGACGAGUUGGAAAAUUUCGAAAUUAUCUGA